UCUUGCGUUGCAUUCCGUUGCUUUCUCUUACGAGCACUGCGCAAGAAGCGAGAGCCCAAGAGCAGCUAGCUAGCAAUGGGUGUCAAGCUGUUGGCUGACGGCUGCGCCGGCGCCUCGUCGUCGCCUGCGCUGUCGCGGGUGGCGACCUCCGCGGCGCACGGCGAGGGCUCCCCCUACUUCGCCGGGUGGAAGGCCUACGACGAAGACCCCUACGACGCCGCCGCGAACCCGGACGGCGUCAUCCAGAUGGGCCUCGCCGAGAACCAGGUCUCCAUCGACCUCCUCGAGGGCUACCUCCGGGAGCACCCGGAGGCCGCCGCCUGGGGCGUCGCCGGCGACGGCGGCGGCGACAGCUUCAGGGACAAUGCGCUGUUCCAGGACUACCAUGGCCUCGCCAACUUCAGGAAGGCGAUGGCAAGAUUCAUGGAGAAGAUAAUGGGUGGCAAGGCGACGUUCGACCCCGACCGCAUCGUCCUCACUGCCGGAGCGACGGCGGCCAACGAGCUCCUCACCUUCAUCCUCGCCGACCCCAGAGACGCCCUGCUGAUCCCUACCCCUUACUAUCCAGGGUUCGACAGGGACCUGAGGUGGAGGACGGGCGUCAACGUCGUGCCGGUGCACUGCGACAGCGCGAACGGGUUCCAGGUCACGGCCGCCGCGCUCCAGGCGGCGCACGACGAGGCCGCCGCGGCGGGCAUGCGCGUCCGCGGCGUCCUGAUCACGAACCCGUCCAACCCGCUCGGCACCACGGCGAGGCGCGAGGCGCUCGAGGGCAUCCUCGGCUUCGUGGCGCGCAACGACAUCCACCUCGUCUCCGACGAGAUCUACUCCGGCUCCGUCUUCGCCGCGCCGGACCUCGUCAGCGUGGCGGAGCUCGUCGAGUCGUCGUCCUCGCGCGCACGGCACCGCGGCGAGGACGACGACGGCGACGUCGGCGUCGCCGACCGCGUGCACGUCGUGUACAGCCUGUCCAAGGACCUGGGCCUCCCGGGGUUCCGCGUCGGCGUGGUGUACUCGCGCAACGACGCCGUGGUCGCCGCGGCGCGGCGCAUGUCGAGCUUCACCCUCGUGUCGUCGCAGACGCAGAGGACGCUGGCCGCCGUGCUGUCCGACGAGGCGUUCGUCGACGCCUACGUCGCCGCCAACCGGGCGCGCCUCCGGGAGCGGCACGACCACGUCGUGGCGGGGCUGGCCCGCGCCGGCGUGCCGUGCCUGCGCGGCAACGCCGGGCUGUUCGUGUGGAUGGACAUGCGGCGGCUCCUGCUCGGCGACGGCGGCGACGCCGCGACCUUCGCCGGCGAGCUGAGGCUGUGGGACAGGCUGCUGCGCGAGGUGAAGCUCAACGUCUCGCCGGGCUCGUCGUGCCAUUGCUCGGAGCCCGGCUGGUUCAGGGUGUGCUUCGCGAACAUGAGCCUGGCCACCCUGGAUGUUGCGCUGGAGAGGAUAAGCCGCUUCAUGGACGCGUGGUGCAAAGCAACAAUUGGGAAAUUUAACCAUUUGCAACCCAACAGAUGUGAGGUGAAUUAUUUUGCACUUGAGAGGUACCAAGGGCAUGUGCAACAGUAAUCGAUUGCUGCCUUAGCCUGCUAAUUAGGUAACUUAAUUUGUUGAUGUGGAGUGAAGAGUGAGGAGAGAAACAUUAACUCGAUCUUGGCCUAAGAUAUAAGGAUUGAUGGGCAUUUUGAGGCCAGGGAAAUUGUACGAGAUUGGGAGAAGAGAGGGAGGGGAAUAAAAAUUUAAUUUAGUGGAUUAAGUUUUUUUUUACUGUGAACUGUUUGCUGCUACCUUGGAGGCUGUGUGUGUAGGCUCAACUGUUCUUUUUU